AUGGCGGCCCACAUCUUCAUUCGUGUUCUAUCACUUGCGCUCACUCCGGUCGGGCCGUCAUGGAUUGUCAAAGAGGGUCUGUUUUUGAGGAAGAGGACAUUCAGCUGGACGGAGGUUGUGCUGGGGGUGAAGCCCAGGCCGCCUUCUCCUCCCACUUGGGAAGCUCCGCGGCUGGCACUCUCCCUCCACGCCAGAGCCCAGGCUGAAGGUGGCUUCCCUAAGAAGUCCAGGUACUAUAAGAUCACCGUGGUGCUCAUGUGCUUCGCUGUCCCCACGACGGUGCCCUGGUGCUUCUGGGGGGAGAGUCUGUGGAACUCCUACUUCUUGGCUUCCAUCCUCUGCUACACCAUCUCCCUCAACGCCACCUGGCUGGUCAACAGUGUUGCCCACAUGUACGGGAACCGGCCCUACGACAAGCACAUAAGCCCCUGGCAGAACUUGCUCAUCACUCUGGGUACCAUUGGUGAAGGCUUCCACAAUUACCACCACACCUUUCCCUUUGACUACUCCGCAAGUGAAUUCAGCUUAAAUUUCAACCCAACCACCUGGUUCAUUGACCUCAUGUGCUGGCUGGAGCUGGCCACUGACCGCAAACGGGCAACCAAGCCGAUGAUCGAGGCCCGGAAAGCCAGGACUGGAGAUGGGAGCUUGUGAACGUGGGGCCGCCGUUUGCUAUGUCUGCCAUCGACACCUGAGUUCAUGGCUC